AUGGCACACUAUCCACUACCACCAGUUGACGAUAUGACGUUACGUGAAUGGAACAUGUGCACUUCGACGUUAGAGGAUACAAUAUCAUUUUGUCAAUCAGUUAAAUUGAUACCCUACCGGCCAACUGCACCAUGUUCCAAUGGUCACAAUAAUUGGUAUAUGGGAAAAUGUUCGAAAAUCAUCGAUGGUUAUCACUGGCGUUGUCGUGUGAAAGAAUGUAGAUUAUCGCGUUCGAUCCGUGAUGGAACAUUCUUCGCCAACUCCAAAUUAGAAAUACAACAAGUAUUGGAUUUAAUUUUUAUUGGUCUCAAGGAAUCGAUACCCAUGACUUUCUUCGUCGACAUUGCAAAUUUGCGAGUGAGUCUACUAUCGCAUCCCGGGAUUAUUGGUGGGGUUGGACAUGUGGCUGAAAUCGACGAAAGUGCAUGA